AUGGAGCCGGGGGGGUUCUGUUCCCUCAAGCGCAGACUGAGGAUAAAUAAGGCAAUAACUGAGAGAGAACUUCCCAUCCCUCAUGCUACCAUCUGUCCACAGGGCACAAAAGCAGCAUCAGCUCCUCCUCUGGCUCCCUCUGCUUCCAAAGAGGAGGCCAAAGAGGAGGAAGACAGCAGUGAAAUUCCCCCCAUUCUGGGGGAUGAUGGUGAACCUCCCUCUGUCCCUGGAGAUGAGGGCAAACAUCCCACGGUUUGGGAAUACAACAGUGAAGCUCCUGUGGUGUGGGGCGAGGAUGGUGGACAUCACCCGGUGUGGGACGGGGACAGCGAGGCUCCAGUGGCAUGGGACAAGGAGGACGGACAUCUCCCAGUGUGGGACGAGGACAGAGGACAUCCUGUGACUUGGGAAGAGGAGGCUGCAAUUCUCCCAGCAUGGGAAGAGGAUGGCAAACAUCCCGUGGCUUGGAAAGAAGACCAGGAACCCGCUGAAUUUUGGGAAGAGGAUGGGGAACCUCCCUCUGCUUGGGAAGAGGACACUGAAGCUCCCUCUGCUGCGGGAUCCUGGGCUGAACAUUCUGACAGCAGCAGAGCCCUGCAGCCAGAGGGCAGAGAGGAGUGGUGCCUGAUGCAGCUGAGGAGCGCCGUGAGCGUGGGGGAGCCUGCCGAGAAAUACCUGGAACUGGAGCAGGUUGGCCAAGGGGCUUUCGGAACCGUUUCUAAAGGACUCGACAGGGCCACUGGAGGAGAGGUGGCCAUAAAGAAAAUGAGUCUCAGAGGGCAGAAUGGGGAACGAGCUGUGAAUGAGAUCCUGGUCCUGAAGGACAAGAAGAACCCCAACAUUGUCAGCUCUUUGGACAGCUUCCUUGUUGAUGAAGAUCUCUGGCUGGUGAUGGAAUACAUGGAUGGAGGAACUUUGCAGGACGUUGUCAGACAUGCAUGCAUGGCUGAAGGAGAGAUGGCAGCUGUCAGUCGGGAGUGUCUGCAGGGCCUGGAUUUCCUCCACUCGAACCGGGUGAUCCACAGAGAUCUGAAGAGCUCCAACAUCCUUCUGGCAACGGAUGGCUCUGUCAAGCUGGGUGGGUGUUCCUGGUCAGGCACGGCGCUCCCGGGCUGCGGGUGUGGGGCUGCUUCCCAGUGA